UCAUAGGAUUUUUCACAUUGUUGUGUGCUGGAAUACUUCAGAUAUUUAUUGACAGCGCAAUGAAAUUGUGACAAUUUUAUAGAAAAUAUAAAUUUAAACUGAAGGCUACAAUUUCCAAAAAAAAAAAAAUUUGUUUUAUAAUGAUUUUAUAAUAAAGAACAACAGAUUAGACUUAAUCUGAUAGUGAUUUAGAGGCAGACAACGAAUACAAAAUACGCAAAAGUGACAAAAUCGCAGUUUUAUCACUGCGCAUUUAUACACUUUAAUCCUUUUGAAAAACCAUGGGAGCUAAGGAAUCUAAACAACUAAUUAGUUUCGAUGAUGCUGUAAAAAGAGUUACGGAAUCAGAGCUUCGACGUUUGAAAGAUGCAUUCAAAAAGUCGGCUGGAGUUGGCCGUUUAUAUUUAAGUCGCAAUUCCUUUCAACAAGAUGUGCUUUGCGAAGGUGUGCCUCCUAAUAUAACCGAUUUAUUAUAUAGUGCAUGCGGUGGUUCUGCUAAAGGUAUAUCAUUUAAAGAUCUGCUAUGUGGACUUGUAUUACUUACCCGCGGUACCGAAGAUGAAAAAGUUAGAUUUCUAUGGAAUUUAUACUGUAAUGAUGCUGGCACUUAUAUUAUAAAAUCAGAAUAUAUAAAAAAUGUCAAUCUUCAUCCAUUUGAAAGUGUUUCAUUAUUUGCCCAAAAUGAUCGCAUAAAUUUCGACCAAUAUCACGACUGGAUAUUGCAACAUAAAAGUUCAACAAUAUUAUCGAAAUGGCUUUUAUCAUCAGAUAGAUGCAUUAAUUUAACGUCAGAACUAGAAACGCCGACUUUUUAUCAAAGUUUGGCCGGCGUGACACAUUUGGAAGAAAAAGAUAUAAGCGAUUUGGAAAAAGAAUUUUGGCAAUUAAAGAAUGACUCACCUAAUGGACAACUUGAUUUGCAAUUAUUAGCUCCACUAUUAAGCCCACCAAUCCCAAAAAAUGCCUUAAUAGGUCUGUUUAAUGCUUUUGACGAAAAUCGAGAUGGUCACAUUGAUUUUAAAGAACUUUGUUGUGGCGUAAGUGCAGCAUGUAGAGGACCAACAGUUGAAAGAACGAGAUUCUGUUAUAAGAUCUUCGAUAUAGACCAGGAUGGCUCAUUAAAUCAUGAGGAAACUAUACAAAUGAUUAAUGUACUUAUUUUCGUUGCAAAAGAAAAUCGUAAUUCUAAUAUUUAUAAAGACUUAAAAAAGCAGGAUGUUAUUAGUGAUUUACUAAGUUUUAAAACAAGAAAAAGUGAAGAAGUCAAAACUAAAUUGGAACCAUGUGUAUCAAAUAAAGAUAAUAUCUUAUUGACAGCUGAAGACUUUAUGAUGUGGAGUGUAGAGAGUAAUUCAAAACUUGUACAGCCUUUCUUAGAUCUUAUUUUUGAAGUAUGUCAUAUUGUUUUUGGACUCUGGCCUCAAUGCAGACAUAUGGAAUAUGAUAUUGUGCGCGGGUGGUUAAAAAGAGAAGAAAAACGGCAAUAUUCUGUGGGGCAAUUUUGGUAUUUAGUAUCUAGAGAAUGGUGGAUGUCAUGGAUGCAAUAUUCGCAAAACACAUCUACACCAUGCGAUUAUUGCAAGAAAACGAUAAGUCAACGUAACUCUAAUGUUGGGGUAGUAGAUGAAGCCCUUAUAUGUGAUGAAAGUUUUAAUUCAAACUAUUUAGAUAUAUCAGGUGAUGCCGUAACUAUAAUAGAUAAUUGCAGCAUUGGCUCAGUUAGCAGUGGUGUAUCUACAGGACAAUAUGGGCGAAGGCCAGGACCAAUCGAUAACACUAAUCUUAUAACACCAAACCCAUAUAAAAAUGUGCGAACAUUAACUGGUGAGGGUGGUCAUCUAAAACGUGAUACUCCCCUAGUACAAAAUCAUGACUUUGAAUUGGUUCCCAAAUCUUUAUGGAAAGCAUUAAAUCGUUGGUAUGGACAUAAUUUGCCUCUACCAAGACAAGUGAUUCAACCACCAAAUUCAACAAGCGUGGAAUUAGAAUUAUACCCUUUAAAUUUACGCAUACUAUUGCAUCAGAGUAUGCCUAAUAAUGCAACAGUCAAUAGUUGGGGAGCAGUUUCAGAUAAUUAUGUAGGUGGUUAUGGUGUGAUGGCUUCUGGCGGAGGUUAUGCUGCAAUUUCAGCAUCUAACGUUUUGCAGCCACCAAAACGUUAUUUGGCGUACACUGCUGCCUUUAGUCGUCUAGCGACUAUAAGGCAAAUCGGCGAAUUCUUAUGCGUACAAUUGAGACUAAGACCGGACGAUGUACGAUUAUGGCACAUUCCUGCAGGUUCAUUGGAAAAUAGCGCAAUACUACUUGAAGAAGAUAAUAUGACACUCAAAGAAUUGGUUAUCAAAGAUAACGAUCAAAUAUUGCUCGAAAUACGUAAUAAAGAUUUAACUUGGCCGGAGGAACUAGGAUCAUUGACACUUAAUCAAAAUAGUACUGUAAAUGAUCGUCGAUUAACGCGUACGUCUAUUAUGUCUGUACAUGCACCUGGUGCUACAGGAUUGCAUAACUUGGGUAAUACAUGCUUUAUGAAUGCAGCGUUACAAGUAUUAUUUAAUACACAGCCAUUAGCGCAGUAUUUUCAUCGGGAUAUGCAUAUGUUUGAAAUAAACAGAGAAAAUAAACUAGGCACACGUGGACAGUUAGCCACACGAUAUGGCGAAUUGUUAAAAGAAGUAUGGACAGCAACUACACGUUCAGUGGCACCACUUAAGCUUCGUAUAUGUGUUACCAAGCAUGCAUCCCAGUUUGCUGGUGGUGGUCAACAUGAUUCUCAAGAGUUGCUUGAAUGGUUCCUGGAUGCAUUGCAUGAAGACUUAAAUCGUGUAAUGGAUAAAACAUAUAGUGAAUUAAAGGAUUCAAAUGGACGCUCAGACAAAAUUGUUGCGGCGGAAGCAUGGGCUCAACACCAUGCACGUAAUCAAUCUAUUAUUAUUGAUUUAUUCUAUGGACAGCUUAAAUCAAAAGUAAGCUGUUUGGGUUGUGGAAAGGAAUCAGUGCGUUUUGAUCCAUUUAGUUUAUUGAGUUUACCCUUACCAGUAGAAAAUUUUAUCUACUUUGAAGUACUUGUAAUAUUAUUAGACGGAUCUGUGCCUAUCAAAUAUGGUUUGCGUUUAAAUUCCGAAUCAAAAUAUAUAGAACUGAAACGAAAACUUGCCACUUUGAGUUAUUUAAAUCCUAACUAUAUGCUUGUUUGUGAAAUUUGGAAUUCACAAAUAAGACAAAUACUUGCUGAUGAUCAAAAAAUAAAACCAGCUACCGCAAAAGAACUGUAUGUGUAUCAGUUACCGGAAGAGUGUAACUAUAGAUCACGUUCAAGUUCUACAUUGGGUAUAAGUAUUGAAAAAGGACUUAAGGAUAUACAACGAAGUUCUGCUCUUAUAAGUGGUCAAGAUUCCUUGAGUUCACUUAAUACUUCAUUUAACAAUAUAAAUCAAACUCAACCUACAAGCAAUUUUGCCUCACAGUAUAAAACGCAUAUGAGUUUUGAAGACGGUGCCAACGGUGCUACGUGUCAAUUAGAUGAUGAUGAAGAUGACGAAGAUGACGAACAAGUAUCAACGAAGGUAAGGAGGUGCUUUGGAAACACUAUGUGCAUGCCCCAGAAUUUAUUAUGCUUCAAGCAAACACCCGAUCUAAGUCGUAGUCCCGAAAACACUUUUGUAAGUGGGACACAGAAAAGCGUCUCAUCAGCAAAAUUAUUGCAUGGUGAAAGCGUUACAUGUUCCUCUUCAUUAACACAUCAUUCCGGUGAAAAUUCAAUGGAAAGUUCCACAACUGAAACGUUACCCAUUGAUCCUAUGGUAUCCAUGUGUGAUAAUGAUAAUCGAUUGAAUAAUGCAACUAGCAAACUGAAUUCAACUGAAUUUUCAAAUGAAAGCACGGAUUACAGUAAAAACUUUGGGCGAACGUAUAAAGAAAGUUCGUUCAGAGAUAACAGUGGUAACAGCAGCAUUGGUGUGAAUGAGAACGAAAUAAUACAAGGCCAAAUAAGCAAUAAUUGUAUACAAACUGAAAGCAUUUGUAAUGGAAUCUUCUCGCGCGUUCCAUCGCAACACUAUAAAGUAGGAAAGUAUUUGGUAGCAGUCCAUCGAAAAAUAACACGACAAGAUAGUUACUUUUUAUCGUAUCACAAAACGCGUCCAAGUCUUUUUGGUGUUCCUUUGUUGAUACCAAACAGUAAUGGCGGUACACAUAAGGAUUUGUAUUGCGCAGUGUGGCUACAAGUAAGCCGGUUAUUAAGUCCUUUGCCAGCUUCCACGGAUCAAGCAAAUCAUGCUGCUGAUUGUGAUGACAGCCUAGGUUACGAUUUUCCAUUUACGUUACGUGCUGUUAAAAAGGACGGUUUGACUUGCGCUUUAUGUGGUUGGUCUGACUUCUGUCGAGGCUGUGAAAUACCAUGCAAUAACGAUUACUUACUACAGGGUUUCGUUGUUUCGGGCAGUCCCAAUACAAGCAAUUCAUCAACUCCCAAAAUGACAUCUAAAUAUUCAUCUUUACCAAAUCUAGAAACUAGAAAGCAUCAGCCUGAAUACUUACCUUCAAUAUCUCACAACACUAAUUCAUCUUUGAAGACUAUUGACGAUUACACUAUAGCUAUUGAUUGGGAUCCAACGGCUUUACAUCUACGUUAUCAAAGUACUUUAGAGCGUUUGUGGUCAGAACAUGAAACGAUUUCAAUAUGCCGAAAAGAACAAAUAGAACCAGUUGAUUUGAAUCACUGUCUACGAGCAUUUACUUCGGAAGAGAAACUGGAACAAUGGUACCAUUGUGGCCACUGCAAAGGCAAAAAGCCGGCUACCAAAAAAUUACAAAUUUGGAAAUUGCCGCCUAUUCUAAUUGUGCAUUUGAAGCGAUUUAACUGUGUAAAUGGUAAAUGGGUUAAAUCUCAGAAAUCUGUACAUUUUCCCUUUGAUGAUUUUGAUCCAACACCGUAUUUGGCAUCGGUACCACAGGAAACUAUACUUCGACAUAAAGAACUACUAGAAUUAAGGCAACCCGAUGAAACUAUUGAAGAACUAGAAAUGACAAAUGAAGAUGCUAUACUGAAUGAAUAUGGAAAGGAACAACAAUCUACAAAUAAUACAAAUAAUGGAAAUAAUGUUUGUAAUGAGGCUGAAGUGAAUAUAUCAUUAGAUAAUGCGGUGGAAAUAAAAAAUCAAACCAAUUAUCAGCGUACUAAAUUAGAUAAUUGUAGUAAUGUUGUUACUAUCUCUGAAGAUGUGAAUGAAAUAAGGGAAUUUUCUGUUAAUAACGAUGGUUUAUUUGAUAAUUCCGAAAUGAACACCAACACACUACGGAAUAAAUGCUCUGGUGUAGAAAGAAGGAAAAGGCUUAUUUCGACAAGUCUUACUAAAACACCAAUAGUUGACGGUGAAUUUGAAGAUUUUCAUCAACAUAUGGUUAAAACGGCAAUAGAUAAAUUCGAUCCAAAAUAUAAACUUUAUGCUGUUGUUUCCCAUUCAGGUAUGCUUAAUGGUGGUCAUUAUGUAUCUUAUGCAGCUAAUCAAAAUGGUUCGUGGUAUUGUUAUAAUGAUAGCUCAUGUCGGGAAAUUACAAAUCAACCGACAAUAGAUCCUAGUUCCGCCUAUUUACUAUUUUAUGAACGAAAGGGUCUUGAUUAUGAACCUUAUUUGCCAAACUUCGAAGGAAAAAGCUUACCAAAUGGAGGCGUAAAUAUGGAUAUUGAUGAAACUGAGUCUGAUUUGAAAAAGCUUUGCAAUAUCUCUUAAAAAUAAUCAGCGCCGUUUGUUCUAGUUAUCGAUCGUGAUUAAACGUAUCGCUUUAAAAAUAUACCAACUAAUAAUUACGUUAUUAGGUUAUAUAUUAUUAUUUCCUUUUAAACUGUAAGUUUAAAAAAUUUACAUUAUUUCUGGGCAACAUACCAAAUUUAAUAAUUAUGGAAUUUAUUAUUAUUUAUUAUUAAGAUGCCGUUUUUGUUAUUUUAAGUAGUUACCAAUUGUUAAAUUGCAAGUGCAAUAAAAAAUAUUUUGUAUAUAUGUUUUGCUUUAAAUUAUAAUUGUUAUUUUGUGAAAUUUAUUUUUUGUUUAACAAAAUUUAAAAGCCUAAAAGUCAAGUAUAGAAAGGUAAAUUAAGUAAAAAUAAACUUUUAAUUGUAUAUAGCACUUUAUUAUUGAUACAGAAAAUUAUGUUAUACAAAAUAAAUUAAGUACAUUUUUCUGAGUUGAUAUUAUACAUAUUGUUUGCUGCAUAACGAAGUUGAUAUUUAAUAACGGUCUUAUAUUUAUUAAUAUGAUAUUGUAUAGUAUGUUUAUUGCUUUACGUGUAUUAUUGUGUCUUAUUCCAUUGUGUCAUUAUAUAUAUAUUUAUGUA